AUGAACAAAGGAAUUUUUCGCCUACCAUCUGAAUUUAAUGAUGAUGAUCUUGGUCCAUGGGAUGUUCUACUUAGUGAUUACGCGAUCAGAGAUAUGCGAGGGUUGGAGCCUCUCGCGAUCAAUGCUGUCAUGGUGAAACUCAUGCAGAUAUCAAGUGGAAAAUGGAAAAAAUACAGUCUCCAACAUACAGUACAAUCUCACUCUCACAUCAUACCUAUUUAUGAGACGGAGCUUCCAGAUAAUGAUGGCUUAAAAAUUCUCUGGCAGGUUGAUUAUGGAUUUUCUGUUCGUAACAAUUCAUUUAUGCAGUAUGCGAAGGUUUGGACAGUCACUGCGAACCAAGAGCAAAUCAAAGAUACAUUAAAAAAUACUGAAUUACUUCAUAAAGUCUACACUUCCGAGCAUAAAAACCGCUGCAUAUCCCAACAUAUCAGUAAUAUCAUUUUACCUGCAACCUUUGGAAAUGAAGAAGUAACAAGGUCUACCAAGAGCAGAUUGGUUAGUAAUCAAAUUGGUGAUGAAAAUUUGUUGAAGAUCCAUGAAAUGCUUACCAUAAAUAAGUUUGUUCCAUUAUCAAAGAACUUGUUUAAGUCACUUGUCAAGGGUGGCACUGGUCUUAAUUUUCAAUUAUCUAAGAUCGAGCACGAAAUUAUCAACCAUCCUAGAUCAGCAAUUGUUGUUGGUCGUUCUGGAACUGGCAAAACCACAUGUAUUUUGUUUAGACUUCUUGCAUCAUACUUGAAAAGUCAACUCAAUGGGAUAUCAUCUUCAAACAACAAUGAGGAGACAUUAUCUCCAAAUGACAAUGAUGAGAAAAGGCAAAUAUUCAUUACAUCGAGUGAACACCUUUGCUGCAGAGUAAGGGAACAUUUCAACAAGCUGCGAGAGUCAGCAUUAUUUGCUAAUGAAAAGAUGUCUGCAGCUCAAUUUCAUGAGUAUGCUAAUUUUGAUGCAACAAAUGUCACAAAGCUUGAAGAGGAAGAUAUGUUGAAUGACAUUCCAAAUUCAUUCCGUCAACUGACAGAUGACCAUUUUCCAUUGAUAAUUACCUACAAAAAGUUUAUCCAAAUGCUCCAGGGAACUUAUGGCAUUGAUUUUCAGAAUCCAGUCAAACAACCAAAAUUUGAUGCAAAUGAUAAUGAUAAUCAUACAGAUGAUAAUGACGAGAAAUUACACCAACAAGACUUUAUUGGUAGUGUGCCAGAUGUAUCAUGGAGGCACUUUGUAGACUAUAAACUCUUUGCAAAUAAAUAUUGGCCUCAUUUCAAUGAUUAUUAUAGGAAAAGAUUUGAUUGUGAACUGGUAUUCUCUGAGUUUGCUAUUAUCAAGGGUUCUAAUCCGGAGGGUAUACACCUAUUAAGAGAGGAAUAUCAGAAAAUCAGCACCAAGAAAUACCCAGCAUUUCGUUCAAAUCGUGAUGAAAUUUAUGACUUAUUUCAACAAUACCAAAAAAAAAAGUCCCAGAAUUUCGACUAUGACUCAAUAGAUAUGACUAUUUCUAUCUUACGUUGUGCCAAAGCAGAACCACUUGGUGGAUUGUAUAUUCAUGAACUAUAUAUUGACGAAUGUCAAGACAACAACAUUGUAGAUUUAGCACUCAUUUUAAAACUUUUUGAACGUGCUGACAGCAUUUUUUUGGCUGGAGAUAUAUCACAAUGUAUUGCAAAGGGUUCAUCUUUCCGAUUUCAAGAUUUGAAGGCUUUGUUAUAUAAUUGGGAACUUGAUCGAUCUAAUCUUAUCCACCGUUGGCCUAACAACAAAAAAUCAAAAAAACCAAAACAGCCAGAACAGUUUGAAAUGAAUAUUAAUUAUCGUUCACACAAUGGUAUCCUUAAACUUGCUUCAUCAGUGAUCGAUCUUAUUUCUCACUUUUUUCCUGAUUCCAUUGACCAGCUACGUGAAUGUGGCGAAGUUGAUGGUCCUCGACCUAUUGUCUUCAACGGGUUUGAGGCUGAAACAUUCUUUUCCCAUGUCUUCUCUGUAGGUGAGAAUGUGGAAAAUAACAUUGAAUUUGGUGCUGAGCAGGUCAUUAUUGUACGUGACGAUGAAACUAGACAGCGCGUGAAGAAAAAAAUUGGUAAUGCUUUUGUAUUGAUAUUAACGGUGUUUGAGUCCAAGGACAUGGAGUUUAAUGAUGUGCUGUUGUAUAAUUUCUUCACUGAAUCACCUGCACAAUCAAAGUGGCAAGCAAUCCACUCUGCUUUUGACUUUUCUUACGAAAAACAUUAUAUCCUUUCCUCAGAGCUCAAACAUCUUUAUGUUGCAGUGAAAAGGGCACGGCAGCAAAUUUGGAUAUAUGAUGAAAACUCUGAGUGGAGCAAGCCAAUUCGUAUGUAUUGGAAGCAUCGUGAGCUGGUCAAAGUAAUUGAGAAUGUAAAUGGUAUUGAAGAUUUGCCUUCCUUGGCCAAGAAAAGCAGUUCAUAUGAAUGGGAUCAAAAAGGAAAGGUCUUUUUUGGACAAAAGCAAUAUGAACAGAAAAGCGGGAAUAAAGAGAACCACGAACUAGCAAAAGCAUAUUACUUUCAGCAGGUUGCCAGAACUUCUAUACAUGAUUUUGAUGAUGCCAUUAUGAAAUCCAAUUUCGCUCGUGCUGCCGAGGCCUUCAAUAUGUGUUCACGGCCAAUCCAAGUAGCUUCAUGCUAUCAGGAUAUCAACAUGCAUGAAGAAGCCGGUGACAUGCUUGUAAAAUGGAAUAUGUUUGAGCUUGCUGCUGGUUGUUACCUUAAAGCCAAAAAAUGGGACAAAGCGGGUAAUAAUUUCCAAAAGGCAGAGAAGUAUACUGAAGCUUUUGAUGCAGAAGUAAUUAGCUUGAUGCAAAGAUACAAACAAGAAAUUGAUGAGAAUACAUUUAACCGCAUUUCCCGUCUUGCAAACAUUCAUUAUCGUCGAGAAAAUGACAAAGAGAUGAAUCAAAAGGCUCUUGAUAUUCUUCCUACACAAGAGGAAAGAAUGGAGCUUCUACAAGACCAUGUACCAGAAGAGCUGUUGGAGGUUUAUGAGAAGAGUGGUGAUUAUUUCUCUGUUGUUAAAGAACUAUGCUCACAUGGAAAGUUUGAAGAAGCAGCUGAUAAGAUUAUCAGCUUGAAAGACAUCAACUCAAAAAACACCAUUGAGGCAUUAAAGCAUUUCUUACCCCUAUUUAGGGUUAACAUAAUAAAAGAUACAAUGACAAAUUCAAAUGCCAAACAGGAAGUGAAUAAGCUCCUUGCCAAGGCAAGUGAUUUUGUCAAGAAAUUCAAAUCACAAUCAUUGAAAAAACCUGAGGAGUGGAGAAGUUUUAUGAAGGA